AUGAACAUCGACUAUUGCCAUGAUUUGGUGUCAUUGCCGGCCGAGCUCUGUGAUUUUGUUUAUCUAAAGAAACUCAGCAUCACCAACUGCCAUAAGCUAUCCGCCUUGCCUGACGGGAUCGAAAAGCUUGAGAAUUUAGAGGUGUUGAGGCUAAGGUCCUGCACAGACUUGGUAAGCCUUCCGGGCUCGAUUGAGAAACUCAAUAAGCUGUACUUUCUUGACAUAUACAAUUGUAUCAGCAUUAAGGAGUUGCCUGAACACAUCGGCGAAAUGAGUGGUUUAAGAAAGAUAAACAUGGGACAGUGCUCGAGAUUGGAAGAGUUGCCUCUGUCAGUCUGGGAUCUUGAUCAGCAGUUAGAGGAAGUGAUUUGUGAUGCAGGGACAGAAUAUUUGUGGAAACCCUUCUUAGCUAGUUUCAGAGACAAAAUCAAGGUGGCAAAAGAAAAAACCAAUUUGAAUUGGCUCGAAAGGCCUCAGUUGUGA